AUGAAACAUUUCUUACUCUCUGAGUCUGUACCGAAUAUAUCAUCGUCAUCAGCAGCAAAAGCUUCUUCAAAUCAGUUUAUUCCAUCCUCUUCUUUACCUUCUUCUUCAUUUAUAGUAGAUGAUACACCCCAACAGCACGUAACAUUUGAAAGUCUGGAAGCUGAUUCAAAGGUUCAUAAACCGAGCGAACAAAUUAGACAGAAUGGGCAACCCUCAGCAAUUCCUCAGCAUAAUGAAGGAAUAAAUACGCAGUAUGUAUCAAUGAAUAAUGGUUUUGAUAAUCUGAUGGGAAGAAUGGCCUCAACUGUUUUUGAAAAUAAAUCACCGAAGGAUGAGCAUUCAAAUAAACAGAACUCAGAAUUCGACUUUAGUUCAGCCCAUCCUAGUUUUUUUUCUAAGCGGACUGAUGUUUCGUAUCUUCGUGAAUUGGAUGUUCCCAAAAGUAUAGCUGGUUAUACAUUUUAUUCCCACAUAUACAUGAAAUUGAGCUAUCAUGCUUUGAACACGAUCCCUUUAAAAUUAACCCGCGAUCCAGCCAAUAGGCAGUUACUAUUCUGGGCUAUUAAGAUUUCACCUCUAUACGAUUUUUUGAACCAUGCUUUCAUGGCUCUUUCCGCUCUUGAUUUGUACUACCAGCAGAUUUCGUACGGUACCGACGAAAUUUUGGAUCUAAACAAAAGUGUUUAUCUUAUGGUUGCUGAGUACCAUAUGAAAAUGUCAAUUCGUGAACUUACUAGGGAAAGCGAAAUAAGAGAGGAUACGAAAAAGGCAGUUGCACUGGUUUCAACUUCUUUUCUGCACACUGUUUUUGCUACAUUUCAUCCAGAUCCUAAAAUAGCAACAAGAGCUUACUUCAAUUUGGGAAAAAAUUCGGGAGUGCUUUUUGUUCGUUAUGCUGAAGCUUUGAAAGCCUCUUCGUUAUUCAAGCAAGGCUGUUCACGAUAUGUUCUUAAUAAUUAUUCACGAAGACCGUCCACCUAUACGCCCUGCUUUUUGUAUGGUUUACUUACAGUUUCCUAUAGUUCGACAAAGAUUGAACCAGACAAAAAGCAUAUUUUACCUCUUAAUAAUGAAGAUACAGCUCUUUUUAUUAGAAUGCUUGACAGGUUGGAUCGUGAAUAUCGAGCUUAUGCAAACACUACUGUGACCCCAGAUCCUAUUUAUGAUUCAAGAACACCGAUGUACCCUGGUCGGCAGUUCCCGGUUUAUAAAGAAGUUGCAUGGGAUUCCAGGGAAAUGUUUUUUGAAACAGAUUUUUACGGUACACUAUCCAGGUACACAGUUGAAGUUCCGGAUCGGUUCAUCGAUUUUAUUGACCAAGGAGACCCUAGGGCUUUAAUUAUUAUUGCAUACAACAUAGUUGUUUUAGUUUCAAGAGGACUUCAUUAUCUUCCUAUAUGGGUUUUUUAUAAUGAGAUCGAUUAUAUAGAGCAAAGGCUUGAUGAAGUUGAAAAUUCCGAGGCUUGGAAGUCCUGGUUGCUUGUGGCAAGGGAAGCUUUGGGUAUGAGCACAGAAACUGCCUUUCACAGACCUGAUGAUUUCCAAUAA